AUGGCUCCCCCUCCUCCCGCGACCCUGCCUUUGGUUGAAAGACUGAAGGUCCUCGCUCAGACCCUCCAGUUCGCGUGGUUCAUCGGACACUUGACGCUCCUGCUCUCAGUCCUCCGUUACUCGUUCUCUGUUAUCGUCUUCAAUUGGUAUUCCACCCCCGCUCGAAUCUCUUAUCGCCUGGCGUUUGUCUCGGCUGCCGUGACAUAUGGAAUCGUUGUAUACAAGGGCCACUUUGCCCGGGGCGUCCAGGGCAGCGUUCCCAAUAUCGUUCUCAAGCUCGUUUCUGAUGAGAAUGUACAAUAUCUAGGAAUGGCUCUCGUCUGGCUCUACUCGCGCCAGCUCAUCUUGGCUCUCCUUCCCUUUAGCGUUUACUCAGUCUUCCACGUUGCGACCUACACCCGCACUUAUCUGGUCCCCACCCUGCAGCCACAGCCUGCUGCGGCGGGAGGAACUUCGCCGGCCUCGCCAAGCUCCAAGUCAGUGCAGAACCCCAUCGCCGAGAAAAUCGGCCGAUUUGUUAAACAGUACUAUGACGCUAGCAUGGGUAUCGUCGCUUCCCUUGAAAUUGCCCUCCUGUUUCGUCUUAUCCUGUCAGCUAUCACCUUCUCUAAGGGCAGCUGGGUUCUGUUGGUUGUCUACCUUGCUUUCUUCCGUGCCCGCUAUGCCCAGAGCACUUUUGUUCAGCAGGUCGUUCGUCAGCUUGUCGCUCGGGCCGAUGCCUCGAUCUCGCACCAGGGUACACCCCCUCCCGUGCGUCAAGCUUGGGAGACUUUCAAGGGUAUCGUGCGCCAGGGUUAUGAGGCUACCGAUAUCAGUCGCUUCAUCUCUGGCCCUACUGCUGCUAAGAAGCCCCAGUAA